AUGAAAGGUUUGACAAUAUCUAAUAGACACUCUAAUUUCAAAGGUGUUUUUGAAACUAUGGCCCAAAUGAGUGGAAUUUCCAUUCGAUUUCACUCAAAAGAGGAAGAGGAUUUGAUUAAUCAAAAGAAGGAGAGUGGUCAUUUUCUCAAUGCUCAUUAUUCGAAUCUUCAUUCCAGUACAAUUGGUAGAUAUUUAGCAAGAUUGGCAAAGCUGUAUCCGACAGAGACACUUAAUGAUGCAACACUUUCGGAUGAGUUUGUUGAAAUAUUUAGCGACUUGUUGAAACAAGAUGAAAUAUCUGCAUCAGAUCUAGAAGAACUGUUUCAAUAUUUAGAAAACCUUCUUUCUCCAGAAACAGAUGGUUUUCUAGUUGGUGGGCAAAUGAGUUGGGCUGAUAUUUAUUUAUGGAAAUUAUUGGAAAGAGUUGAACACAGGUUUGAUAUCAAAAGAUUUGACAAUGUGUCAACCUUCAAGGAUAUUCUCUUUAAGCGACUUCUAAAUCAUGAAAAAUAG